UGUAGUUGGGAUGCUGUGUAUGAGCGAGAACUGCACACUUUCCAAGAAUAUGGAGACACAGGAGAAAUCUGGUUUGGGGAGGAGAGUGUGAAUCGACUCCUAAGGUGGAUGCAGAGACACAAGAUCCCCUUGGAUGCUGCGGUGCUGGAUAUUGGAACCGGAAAUGGUGUCCUCCUGGUUGAGCUUGUUGGCAAAACUCGGUUUCUCUAAUAUUACUGGCAUUGAUUACUCGCCUUCUGCAAUACAGCUUUCCAGAAGUAUUAUAGAGAAAGAAGGGUUAUCUAACAUUACGUUGAAGGUAGAAGACUUUCUGAAUCUUCCCACAGAGCUGUCUGGGUUUCACGUUUGUAUUGACAAAGGGACUUUUGAUGCCAUAAGCCUGAAUCCUGACAAUGCAGUUGAGAAGAGGAAGCAGUAUGUGAACUCUCUCUCCAGGGUGUUGAAGGCGAACGGCUUUUUCCUAAUAACCUCCUGUAAUUGGACCAAGGAAGAGUUGCUGAACGAAUUCUGUGAAGGAUUUGAACUCUUCGAAGUGUUGCCAACACCCAAGUUCAGCUUCGGAGGCCGAUCUGGAAACAGUGUGGCUGCAUUGGUUUUCCAAAAAACGUGAGACUUUUCUCUGGACAAACGCAGAGAGCUUUUAAAGAAGCCCCACAUCAAAGUAAAGCCGGCAGAAAAUGCAGGUGCAGCUAACUGCUCAGUGAGUACACAGGAGGCACAUGGUGCGCAGAUACGAGGUCCUGGGCGUGCAGGCGCGGGCCUGAGGUCAGCCAGGAGUAAUUUCAAAUGUUCUUUGUAUUUCAAAUGUAAAUAUUUUCCUUCUUGAUUAAAAACACUUUCCUGUACCUGCUGAACAGCUAACAACUUUAAAGCAGUAAAUGGAUUUACAGAAA